UUGGAAACAUUCCUUCCCUUUUUUAUUUUUUUAUCUAAUUUUCCUCAAUUUGCAACUUUUAUUUGUUUGUUGAUCAGCUUUUUUUAUUUAUUCUUUAAUGGUUUUUACGUCUCAGUUUUUCGAUCCCUACUUCAUACAGGCCUUAAUUUUUUCCUCGUAAACGUACAUGCCUAAUUUUUUUCUUGUACUCGUACCUGCCAAUUUACUAGUACAUACUUCGUUACACAGGUACGACUAUAAGUUUUGGUACGAGCUUCCAAGCACUGGUCAUAUAUUGCACUCUUAUAAAAAUAUUUUUCAAGAAAACAAUAUUUUCUUGAAACACACUCCUUUACCGCAAUCUAAUUUUCUUUUUAUUCUCCUCCAAAAUAAUUUUUUUUUGUCUAAAAAUGAAUUUUUCCCUCAUUCCCAAUUAGUCCAAUUUCUUUUAUUUUUCUUCAAUUUCUUCCAAAAUUGCUUCAGUUCUCCGUCCACUAGUUUUGAGUUCCUUCCAACCACCCAACAAAACAAACAAAAAACUGCCCUCAAUCACCCCUCUAUUUUUCUCAUUCAUUUUCCUUGUCGAUACAUUUUUUGAAUACCUUUACGUAGAAAAACACCCCUCCCUCCCUCCAACCUCCCCCAACCCUCCCCUCCCUCCCCUCCCUCUCAAUUUAUUUUUUUUCUUGCGC